UUCAUGCAAGUAAUUAAGAGAAAUUUUGUUGAACAAAAAGUUUUUUCAAAGCUUUUAUCUUGCAGGGAAUAGCAACCAUUUUUAAAUAAACAGUGAAGUUUGAGUGUAGUGAGAAACGAUUACAAAAGUGAUGUUAGUUGCAAACAUGACGCGUCAAAUCACAGGCUUGGUUUCUUCGUAUAAAGACCAUUCUCCGAAAGGUUGGGACAUGUCAUCGGUCAGCAUACAAGAAAGAGCGUUUACACAGUGGUGUAACCUAUUUUUGAAAUCAAAAGGAUUUGAGAUUGAUAGCUUACUCGAUCUUCAAGAUGGCGUUUGUGUUAUUAUUUUAUUGGAAAUCGUGAGCGGGAGAAACUUAUAUGAUAUCGAGGUUGAUUAUGACGAUAACGAGGCUUCACGCAAUUGGAGAAUUAUUCUAAAGUAUUUGGAAGAAGAGAAUAUACAAGUGCCUGAGUGCCCAGAUACAGUAACAGACGAGGGACGAAAAAUACAGCUUCUAGUGUUCAUUGUUUGGCAUAUCAUCUUGCGCUAUCAACUUUACGACAACCCUGGAGGAGAAAUGAAACUCAAAGAGUUAGAUUACAAAAGAGCGUCGCAAAGUUUGAUGAGAUGGGUCCAAUCCAAGAUGCCAAACUACUCAAUAUCAAACUUUACUUCUGACUGGACUGAUGGAGUUGCGUUUUGUCUUUUGGUCAAUGCAAUCCGUCCGGAUACUAUACCGGUAAGUAUGUUUCGACACACAAACAAUCCGGAAAUGAACGUGAGGCUAGCGUGCACCACCGCAGAGGACGAAUUAGGCAUUCCAGAACUUAUUGCACAUUAUGAUAUUGCGAACGGGAAAGCCGACGAGAAAAGCAUAAUGACGUACGUUGCUCUCUUUCGGAGUGCUGACAGAAUGAUUAAAAGAGGCAUAAAAACAAAAACAUACACAAGUGAUGUAAGCAUUACGUCGGAGAGCGAGAGCGAAAGCGCAAACGAGCCGACAAAAAAGACGAAGUACAUAAAAGCUGAAGGAAUACCUUACCAGCCUGCAAGAUGUGUCGCUUUUGGUGCUGGGCUGCGAUGGGGACAAGUUGGAAAACCAGCUGAAUUUAUUGUGCGUUUAAACGGCGCUGAAGCUUCUGAUUUAUCAGUGUCCAUUGAAUGUCGGCCGUAUGAUCACAGAGCUGCCUUAUACAAACCUGAGCUUCAAAUUAAACCAAUUUGCGAAACGAGUUAUAUUGUGCGUUACACGCCAACCCGGCCAGGAGAGUAUGUAUUGAGUAUAUUUUGCGGUGGAGAUCACAUUCCAAACAGUCCGUUUCGACUCGAUGUCCAAGAAACAGUGUUACUCUCAAAACAGUAUCGCGAUGACGAAAUUAUAAUCAGUCUUGACCCUUUAAGUGAGCCGCUUACUGUCAAUGUUCUUACAAAAAGUCUUGACUCGGCAGGAUCUGUGAGUAGCAAACACGACAGCGCAUUUGCAGACGAUGAUUCUCUUAGUUCCAUGGAGCGCAACUCGCCUCCUCUUUGGCUCGAUAAAGAUUCGCACGAUUUAUACACAAAACUCGCUAAGUUUAUCAAACCGGAAAAUUCUAGCGUAACAGCGUAUGGAACAGGUCUGCAUGUUGGCGAAGUAGGGCUUGUUGGUUCAUUUAACGUAACAACACCAAAUACAGACAAAGGUCCGUUGAGUGUUAGUAUUACAUGUCCUGCUAUGUCGCUGCCUGUUCCGUGUGUGAAAACUAAACUCCAGCCUGCUUCACUCGUACACGACGUCUUAUACGUACCCACCGAACCGGGAGUUUACGAAAUAGACGUGAGAUGGGGAGAAAAGGAAAUACCGGGCAGUCCGUUUCGGUUGGCUGUUGGAGAUAGUGUCGAAAAUAACGGGCAGGAGAAAGAAUUCACUUAUUCGCAUAGGAACAAACUUCAACUUUAUCGAUUAGUAAGCAAGCAAAGCAUUUUCCUGUAUUACAGUGCCAGUUCAAAAAGUUUGCUCGAUCAUCACAAUAAAUCGGAACUUGAGAAAGUUUUGCGAAAAGAGAAUCCGUUUGAUAAGCUAUUUACCAUACCUGUUGAUAUCGAACUCUCUUCGGUACAACGGAAUGAGCUCUUUAAAAAAGCAGAUAGCCGAAUUUUACCUAUCGUAUUUGUGAACGAUAAAUAUAUUGGAAACUUCAAUGACCUUAUGCGUCUAUACCGAAAGGGGAACUUGAAAACAUCAAUGAUGCAAAAAGUUGAAAACAUGAAACAUACAUUUUCGAAGUUGAGUUCUUACUCCAAUUAAAAAAACACACGAAUGUCGUCAGGGCCGAAGCGUUGGCGCAAAUGUUGCAACAGAGAAACGCUGAGCGGUGUAUAUAUUCCGUUUAAAGUAUUUACAAAACAAUCUUGCUGUAUCUGAUAAUUCACUAUAGGCCAUUUUCUACGACCUGACAUGAGAAGAUACAUGAGAAGCAACACAAAAUUGUUAAAAACGCAUCUGAUGAAACACAGAUACAUUGAAAUGGAAAA